AUGCAGUCAGGAAGAAGGAGCCUCCAGAUACUCCCCCACAAGUCCGGGAAAAAGACCCGUACUCUUUACUGAACAGACCAAUUGAAAGAGCUGGAGAAAAUGCUUCAGGAAGACAAAUGAAGGGAGAUUGCCUCAGCUGUGGGGGUGACACCCCAGCGCAUCAUGUCAUGGUUUCAAAACUGAAGAGUAAAGUGGCGGAAACACAGUGAUGAGGCUCAAAAGGUAGAGGUAGCUCCUCUACUCCUCAGCCCCCCACCUGUCCGAAAAGUUAGUCUUCCUUUGACCUUGGGCCUUGUUCACACCUCACACCUGUUACCCCUCCUGCUGGAAACACCCAAUAGUGACUUUAGCCCUAAAGAUGGCUCCUAUGGAACCUGGGAAACAAGCAUUACCUCACCAAAUGCUUACAACUAUUCUGAGCAAGUGGAAUCCCAGUCUAAAGUGGGUAUUGGACUGCUCAGUGAGACUCAGGAAGAACUGUUUUCUAGCACUCAGGAGCAAAUGUCAUUGCCAGAGGAAGUUGGAGAAUGAGUCAAGAACACUCACCUCUCCAGAGUUCCUAUUGAUGGAGAUAGUAUUCCAGAAGUGCAUGAAGACUGA